CAUGUCGUCUUCAGCAAAAACCCAAGCCCUGGAAGAACUUGCGCCUGGUUCCGAGGAGAAGCCCAAAGGAAAGUCGCUUCUGCCCUGGGGCUCUCUUUUCGGUCAUCGAAGUGAGAAGAUCGUUUUUACCAAGGCCGAUGGCAGCCCUGAUGAGAACGUGCUGACCAUCACCAUCACGGAGACCACUGUCAUCGAGUCAGACCUGGGUGUGUGGAGCUCGCGGGCGCUGCUCUACCUCACGCUCUGGUUCUUCUUCAGCUUCUUCCUCAACAAGUACAUCCUGUCCCUGUUGGAAGGCGAGCCCAGCAUGUUAGGUGCGGUGCAAAUGCUGUCGACUACGUUUAUUGGAUGCAUUAAAAUAUUUGUUCCUUGCUGUUUAUAUCAGCACAAAACCCGGCUUUCUUACCCACCCAAUUUCAUCAUGACCAUGCUAUUCGUAGGUCUAAUGAGGUUUGCAACAGUGGUUUUGGGUUUGGUCAGUCUCAAAAAUGUUGCAGUUUCAUUUGCUGAAACAGUGAAGAGUUCCGCCCCCAUCUUCACUGUGAUUAUGUCUCGGAUGAUCCUGGGGGAGUACACAGGGCUGCUGGUCAACCUCUCCCUCAUCCCAGUCAUGGGAGGGCUGGCGCUGUGCACAGCAACUGAGAUAAGCUUCAACAUUUUGGGGUUUUCGGCUGCGUUAUCUACCAACAUCAUGGACUGUUUGCAAAAUGUUUUUUCCAAGAAGCUCCUCAGUGGGGACAAAUACAGGUUCUCGGCUCCGGAGCUGCAGUUCUAUACCAGUGCUGCUGCCAUGGCUAUGCUGAUUCCAGCUUGGAUCUUCUUCAUGGACAUGCCAGUGAUUGGGAGAACUGGAAGGAGCUUCACUUAUAACCAAGACAUGGUACUGCUGCUCCUGAUGGACGGAGUCCUGUUCCAUCUUCAGAGCGUUACAGCCUACGCCCUCAUGGGGAAGAUCUCCCCUGUGACAUUCAGUGUCGCCAGCACCGUGAAGCAUGCCUUGUCCAUCUGGCUCAGCAUUAUAGUUUUUGGCAACAAAAUCACCAGCCUGUCAGCCAUUGGUACCGCCUUGGUGACAGUCGGUGUCUUGCUCUACAACAAAGCCAAGCAGCACCAGCAGGAGGCCAUGCAGAGCCUGGCUGCGGCCACCAACAGGGCACCUGAAGAUGACAUGGAGCCAUUAGUUCCCAAAGACCCCAGACAGCACCACUGAGCUCAGGAAGCUCCUGAGCUCAGGGCCUGAUGUUGCCAGCUGCUGCUAUUGUCCUCACUGAUGUGGGGACCCCUGGAGCAGGGGGGCACCCUCCUUCAUGAGUCAUAGCCAGAGAGCAGGAGAUGGGGGGAGUGUGUAGUUGAGCUCAUUUCCUGCUUCUUACUUGGUUUUUCUUUCAAAACCAGUGGGAACCCAAGUUAGGGAUUCCAGGUGCCAGUUUCCAGGGCAGGGGCAGUGCCCAGAUUCUGCUCAGCCCCAGUCAUGUAUGAAGAACUGCCUUCUGCUGGCUUGCAUUGAGUACAAUAAGAGUUGAUAGCCUCUGCAACUCCCUUACUGAGUACAUGUGUCCAGGCUGCAGCUGGUGAGGCCUCAGUUCUUCUGUGGUGAUGGCCACUGGAUCACCUGUGCAGCCAAAGCUGGACCCAGUGCCAGUGUUAGCUGCUUCCUACUCAGUGCCAGUGACAGAACUCAGCUUCCCCGAAUCAACCAUCAGAGGCCACCAGAGCCACCAGCCCUGCACCAUGUGUGACCAGCUGCAGGGUCUACUUAUCCAGCUGCUCUGCUGAGACAAGGCACCCAUAGCUUGGGAGGCCACAGCAGCCUGAGACCACAAAGAGGGGCAGACACAAUGGUUUCCUGCUGCUAAGGAUGGUGCUUGGUACUUCAGACCCAGAGCUGGUGGCACAUCACAGAUGGUCACCGGGCCUUCACUUUACCCUCAAGGCUACAACAUUAUGUAGCAUUCAAGAAGAGAUCAUUCACGAGGGUCAUUAUAUCACUUCUAUGAAGGGAAAGGCACUCCCACCCCUUUCAAAGCCUGUGCCGCACUGAGCCCUGUUCCUCCGGAGGGGCCUGUUCCUCACUCAUAGCCCAGGCUCACUAUGUGGUGGUUUCAGAUCCUAAAGGUUGAGGCCAGACCUCCUUGGUAUUUAAUUUGAGGUGGGAGAUGCUGACAGUCCUUUUCGGGACUCUUGUGAGUGUGCGGCAGGUUCUGACCUGUAGGAUGAGCCUGUCUUCUCUUGGAGCUGUUUCUAUUGUCAUCAUUGCCCAGGCUAUUAAGAUUCCCCAUGAAAAUGCAGGGAAGCACCUGACAGGAUGCUUAGUGUUUACAGUUUUUGUUACAUUGCGGUCAGAGUGACAUCAAACUUUCUAACGAGAAAUACCUGUCAGAAUGUUUCUGGAGUGCAUCUGAAUGUCAGGUAAACUGCCCAGCUACCCUGGAAGGACUAUGAGCCCGCAACAUUUGGGGCUACCAGGCAAGCUGAGAUUGUCCAUCAGUCAUUCAUCCCAGAGCUCAGGAAGCCUGUGGAGUGGUUGGUCGACCACUCCAGGCACUUGAGCCACGUGUUAGGCUGAGGGCUCUAACAUCAUGUAACUCUUCAUCCUGCAUCCUGGUGGGAUUUCUGAUUUGGGGCAUAGUCCACUGCCAGGCAGUCUUUGAGAGUCUCUAUCUCUGAGCUCUGAGGUUUGUCAGACACAGCUAAUGGCACUAACUGUUCCCUAGGUCGCAUUUCCCCUCCCUACUGUCAAGGUCCCUGGCACCAUAAUCGGUUCACUGGUUUUUCCAGUUGACUUCUCACCUGGAAAAUACAAGAAUAGCCGCUCCCAGAGAUAAUAUCUCUGAGAAACAAAGAGCAAUAAUUACGUCUCAUUGAGUUCUACCUACUUGAAAAAGUUUGCCAUGAUGAUAGAUCAAAAUGAGGCCUUUUAACCUACAAGACACCUUUUUAAAGAAGCUGACCUGUUUAUAGAAGACAGGCAAGAUGUGGGCUCACCUUCACUGUGAAGAUGUUUUCUCAUGUGACUUUCCCAGGUUUCCACUUCCCUUCUUUAGUUUUGUCCCAAAAACAAAACUAAAGAAACUUCAUUAGAGAUGGUCAGGACGUUGGGACGUUGCAUUGAUCUAUGGGGACCAGCUUAAAAACACACCCCACUCUACCGGUAGCCCUAUCCACUUCCACUGUUAGCUGUGGCUAACCCAGCUGUGGACGCUGGGACAUGAAUAGAGAAAGACAUAUCUAUGGUGGGCAGUUGCAGAACUCCCCACUGGCCUUCUCAAAGCCUUUGUUAUCCAAGUGUAAUCAGAGGUGCCGGCGCCUGGUUUCCGUGUAUUGUUUGACACUUCUGGUCCUACGUCUCAUGUGGAAUUAGGAGCUGCCCAUCACGACAUGCCCCUCCCUAGCCUCAUAAGUGGUUUACA